AUGGCACGACGGGGAUGCAGCGCAUGGUUGGAGCGCCUCUUCGUUUUCAUUGUUUUUAUGGAUCUUACUUUGAAUUUUACUUAUGCACAGUUGCGGUACUCUAUUCCCGAGGAGCUUGCGGAGGGUGCUGUUGUUGGUAAUAUCGCUAAAGAUUUAGGGCUGGAUAUGAGUGCUUUGGAUGCUAGAGGAUUUCGCAUCGUAUCUGGAUCGACUGAGCCCCUGUUUCAGCUAAAGAAUGACGGCAUCUUGCGUGUUAACCGAAAAAUAGACAGAGAAGAGGUGUGCGAACGGAUCAGUACUUGCAUUAUCAACAUAAAGACUGUGUUGGAGAAUCCUUUAGAGGUGCAUUAUGUCGCUAUUGAGGUUUUGGAUGUAAACGACCACUCUCCCACCUUCUCCGAAAAUGAGACGUAUUUAGAGAUAUCAGAGUCUGCUUUACCUGGGGCACGAUUUCAACUACAAGGAGCCCGUGAUCCAGACAGUCACAUGUAUUCUAUUCAGCUGUAUAAGCUGAGUCAAAAUGACCAUUUUCGUCUGGAGGUUAAAGAUAGAGGAGAGGAUGGGAAAAUUCCUCUCUUGUAUUUGCAUAAACCACUGGACAAAGAAACUGCAAGAAGUCAUAGAUUACUGCUGACAGCCGUGGAUGGAGGAAAGCCUGCUAGGUCAGGAACCAUCGAUAUUAUCAUUAAUGUUUUAGAUGUAAAUGACAACAUGCCCGUCUUUACUAAAGACGCAUAUGUUGCGGCACUUAAUGAAAAUUCACCAAUUGGCACAACAAUCAUGCAGGUGAAUGCUACAGAUUUAGACGACGGUUUAAAUGGGGAGGUGGUUUAUUCAUUCGGCAUUAAUGUAAAUAAUAAAUUACGUAAACUUUUUGAAGUUGAUGCUAAUACUGGAGAAAUUAUUGUUAAAGGACUCAUAGAUUUUGAAGCAAAAGAUAGAUAUGAAAUCGAUAUUAAAGCUUCAGAUAAAGGAUCAGUUCCCUUAGCAACAGAAAAAAGUGUCAUAAUAACUAUAGUGGACCUGAAUGACAACGUACCUGAGAUUGAGGUGACAUCCUUUUCAAGUGCUAUUCCUGAGGACUCCAAACCUGGAACGACAGUAGCAUUGAUAAGUGUCAAUGAUAUAGAUUCAGGUUUAAAUGGAAAGGUAAUCUGUUAUAUAGGUGAAGGUGUGCCUUUCACUUUAACGCCCUCUUUACAAGACAAUAUGUACUCUAUAGUCACCAAAUCUCUGCUUGAUAGAGAGCAUCAGUCCAAGUAUGAUGUGACAAUAUUUGCUAAAGAUGCUGGUGAACAACCUUUGUCAUCUCAUAAGACAAUAAGUGUAGUUGUAUCAGAUGUGAAUGAUAACAGUCCAGUGUUUUCAGUGAAUCCCUAUACUUUCUAUGUCACUGAAAACAAUGUUGCAGGAGCCUCUUUAUUUUCAGUGAGUGCUUCUGACUGUGAUGAGGGUGAUAAUGCUCUCAUAUCAUUUAACAUAGUGAGAAAUGUGGAGGAACACAAAACAUUUACAUCAUUUCUAAACAUAAACUCUGAGAAAGGGGAUAUCACAGGGCUAAAGAGUUUUGACUUUGAAACUCUGAAAAUGUUCCACUUCCAAGUUGUUGCCACAGAUUCUGGAACUCCGUCACUAAGCAGCAACGUCACAGUGAACGUGUUCAUUCUGGAUCAGAACGACAACGCUCCAGUCAUCCUGUAUCCAGUCAGCUCCAACGGUUCUGCUGAAGGUGUGGAGGAGAUUCCCCGCAAUGUCAACGCAGGACACUUGGUGACUAAAGUCAGAGCCUAUGACGCUGAUAUAGGAUAUAACGGCUGGUUACUGUUUUCACUGCAGGAAGUUACUGACCACACUCUCUUUGGUUUGGACCGCUAUACAGGACAGAUCAGAACACUUCGCUCAUUCACAGAGACAGACGAGGCUGAGCAUAAACUGGUCAUACUGGUGAAAGACAAUGGCAACGUUUCACUCUCAGCAACAGCUACUGUGAUAGUCAAAGUUGUGGAGCCCAAAGAAGCUUUUGCAGCUUCUGAUGUUAAAAGUGCAGCAAAGGAUGAGGAGGGAUAUGACGUGACUUUUUAUCUAAUGAUAACUUUGGGCUCAGUUUCUGUACUUUUUCUCAUCAGCAUUGUUGUGCUGAUUGCAAUGCAGUGCUCCAAAACCACAGACUAUACCUCCAAGUAUUUACAAGAGACAAAUUAUGAUGGGACACUGUGUCACAGCAUCCAGUACAGAUCAGGAGACAAACGCUACAUGUUAGUUGGACCCAGGAUGAGUAUAGGAUCUACUAUAGUCCCAGGCAGCCAUGCAAAUACACUAGUGCUCCCUGACAGGAGACGCACUUCUGAAGAGGUAAGAAAGAUAAUUUUCUUCAAGGCAGUUCCUGUAUGA